CUGAGGAGACAGAUCGGAUCAUGAAUUUGUCACCAGCUUCCCUUUUUGUUCCUUUGCUGGGCUGUUUUUUGCCUCUAAUGUCAGCAACAGUUGUUCUAGAUUUUAAUCACGUAGAGAGAUGCAAGGACUCCCUGUACAUGGGGACACCACCACGCGGGUUCACCGACACCAAACUGAAGAGGAUCUGCCAACGUUACGCUGACAGACCUCGCUAUGUGACCCUGUACGACCCCCAGAAGCGGAUUCCAGUUUACUCAGCUUAUACUUUCAAGAAAACAGAAGGAGACAGACGUGUGGACUACCCCUGGAUGUAUGAGCCACAGCUGGCAGAAGUUGAUGGGAAUGGAAACAUGCAGCCCUUCCCUACUGGCUACCUCCACAUGAAGUUUGAGGACAGCCAGGCGGUCCUGGAUGACUACUCUGAUGUGGUCUUGUAUGAGAGAGGUCACCUGAACCCGGACCAGCACCAAUCCACGCCCCACGACCGUGCUGCCACCUACACUCUAACCAACGUGGUCCCAGAGAUACGCGAGUUCAACAUCGGGCCUUGGCGUGAGUAUGAGGAGCGGAUCCGGGUCCGCCUCAACAACUUCUGCCGGGGCACGGCCUACAUCGUGACCGGAGUGACAACCAGGGGCAACAUGAUCCGCAGAAACAACCAAGACCGCGUGGCCAUCCCCGAAGAUGUGUGGUCCGCUUACUGCUGCACUGACUAUGACCGGAACGCACCCCAUGAUGUUCGCAUCCGCUUCCCGUCUUAUGGAGCCUUGGCCAAAAAUGCCAGAGAGGGCAACAGUGUGAAUGAGAUGCCAGUGCUGGAGCUUGAGAUCUUUCUGAAAAAUAAUCUUGAUGUUGACCAGAACCUUCAGCUCUUUUAUGACAACUGCGUCUCUCCCUCACCCCUCCCUCUUUACCUCCAACAUACUAUCUGAUAGCUCAUCCUACCUUCUGUGUGCACAUGGGUUUCUACUUAGGUUCAAGUUAACGUAGAUAAUGGUAGACAUUUGUGCUUUUUUUGUGCUUAAGAGUGAUGAAAAAAUCAGCCCAAUCGCCAGAAUAAAUGUUAGUAUUGUACAUUUCUGCAAACUAUGGUUAUGUAGCCAAAUAUUACUUUACAUUUAUGUGUACAUUCUUAUGUGCUACAGUGGUUCCCAACUGGUGCAGCCCUGGGGUCCAGAUUUCUCCUUAGUCAUUAGUUCAAGGUCCACACAGUUUAAUACAUUUAGGGCCAUACUUGUGUUUGGCCAUGUCAUUGAGCUCGUUUGCUGUCUCUGUUAAGCGGUUAACCAUUAAUCACUCAUUCUAUAGCAGGAAACAGCACUUCAAAAUAAAAGCUCUGUGCCAGAAAUUCACUGUAGUUAAAAAUCAAGUGUGUUUGUACAAACUUGACAUGUUUCAGAGUCACAUGUGGUCCAUUCAGAAUAGAUCUGCGACCUACUUUUGGACCGCGAGCCACCACUUGGGGCCCACUGAUGUAGCAGACCCAUUGAAACUUUCCUUUCUUUCAACUUUUUACUUUCAACAGUGCUGUGGUUAACGUGUUUAGGUUUAGGCAAAGAGGAAAAGAUGUUUUGGCUUAAAAUACCCGGUUUUGUUGGCACCAAUGUCUCCCUAAAAAGUGACCAGUUUUGUUGUUUGUUGGUCUUGAACAAUGGUCUGCAGCCCGAUGACAAACUCAGCUUAUAUACAUGUAAUCAGAGCGUCGCUUUAGAAACGUAUAAAUGAUACUCACAAAAUGUAAAAAUGUAACACGUGAUUUGCAGAAACAUACAAUGGCAACAUUUUCUUCUGAGGACUGGGCUGAAAAAAAUUAGAUAUUGAUUCUCUGUAGUGUUAAUCUAAAAUCCCUCUUGCAACUCAGUUAUUUUUUUUGGAAAAACAGAAUUGGUAAUACUCUUAAAAACUUUAUUGUAAGAAUGUUAUCUUUGAUUAUCAUUUCAUUUCAUUAUCAAAAAUAAAAGCAUGACACAUUUUA